AUGGAGCAUACAUUGAAGAGUCCAUAUGAACUAGGAGCCAAUGAUGAAGACGAGGAAAAGGGAGCAGACCCUAGUGAUGAAGAAGAUGGAAGCGAAGACAAGAGUGAUACUAGUAGUGAUAGUAGUAGCAAUGAUAGUGGACAUGAUGAUGAUGACAAUAACACCAAUAAUGAUGACAACAACAAUAGAAGUUAUGAUAGCCCGUACAGCGGUGAUGAUUGGGAUGAACCCCCUAGUGACAGAGAAGAUGAAGAUGCAGACCUAUUCUAUGAGGAAUAUGACAGUGAUGUGGAUUAUUAUGAUCACGAUAUAGAAGAUGAUGCUGAAGCUAACAGGUGGAGCGACACUGAUAGUGAUUAA